AUACGCGAAAUGCACACGCGACUGGAGAUCAGCUGGAUAAUAACAAUAACAUCACGAGGAGAUAUUGGAAAAUGGACCGCCAUGAAAAUGCUAUGGAAGGUGUGGAGCUUACGACCGUGCAACCCUCUAAAGUUGCGAUAUUGAGUGAUGAAGAAAAGAGGGUCCUCGAAAUCUAUGACCGCUUAGAGGAACUGCAAUUGGAAGUUGCGUUAUUGAAGGCACAAGGUGUCCUUUUACAAGAUAUUCCCCGUGUAGUUUCUGAAGAACAAAUCAUCGUUGCCCAGAAAGAGCUGCUAGAAGCUAAGGCUGGAUACCAGCUGAGAAGCAGUAUCAUCGAGAGUGUGUUCAUAGCGAAUCCGAUCAUCACAGCUGUACAUGCUGGCAGCAAUGCCUCCGUUCUUGAACAAGACCUUCUACCAUUCAUUGAGCAACGGGAUGAGCUAUCUAUCGUUUUAACUCAAGUGUCGAAGCAAGUUUCCACUGCGCGAGAUGACCUGAUCCAAGUGCAAACGGAACACAUCACUACUGCCAACAGGAACGUCGAGUUAGCAGCGUCAAUGAUUGCUCUAGCGAAGGAAGCAAAUGCCCAGACAAAGGACGAUAUCAGCGACCCGAAAGUGCGCCAGCAACUCGAUAGACUUGAGGAACUAUUGAAAGUUAGCAAGCGAAAGUGGAGGAUCAUGAAGGGAACUGCAAGUGCCACAAUUGUUGGUAGUGGGGUCGACUGGGCUCGUGAUCCGAAACUAUUGGAGGUUGUCCUAGAUGACGAAGGCGAUUGACUGGUCAAAAUCAACUUGCUCUCACCAGCAUGUGGAAUUCCUUACAUGACGAUCUUUCAUCUGCUAC